CCUGCGCCCCACAGGCGCGGAGAGGCUGCCCGGCUGCAAUGUCAAGCGGCGGCGUCAUCGCUACUGCAGGCGCCCGGCACCUGUCACAGCCACCCCAGGAGGCACAGGGCCCGCGGCCCGCCAGGGAGCCGGAUGGGCAGCGCCAUGGAGCCCCCCGGGGGCGGGUACCUGCACCUGGGCGCCGUGGCGUCCCCCGUGGGCACGGCCCGGGCGCUGCAGCUGGCCUUCGGCUGCACCACCUUCAGCCUGGUGGCCCACCGCGGGGGCUUCGCGGGCGUGCAGGGCACCUUCUGCAUGGCUGCCUGGGGCUUCUGCUUUGCCCUGUCGGGCCUCGUGGUGGCCUGUGAGUUCACCCGCCUCCACAGCUGCCUGCACCUGUCCUGGGGCAACUUCACAGCGGCUUUCGCCAUGCUGGCCACGCUACUGUCGGCCACGGCCGCGGUCAUCUACCCGCUCUAUUUCACCCGGCUGGAGUGCCCGCCCGAGCCCGCGGGCUGCACAGCCAGGGACUUCCGCCUGGCGGCCAGCGUCUUCGCCGGGCUGCUCUUCCUGGCCUACGCCGCGGAGGUGGCCCUGACCCGGGCCCGGCCAGGCCAGGUGACCAGCUACAUGGCCACGGUCUCAGGGCUCCUCAAGAUCGUCCAGGCCUUCGUGGCCUGCAUCAUCUUUGGGGCACUGGUCUACGACAGCCGCUACGGGCGCUACGUGGCCACCCAGUGGUGUGUGGCUGUCUACAGCCUGUGCUUCCUGGCCACGGUGGCCGUGGUGGCCCUGAGCGUGACGGGCCACACGGGGGGCCUGGGCUGCCCCUUCGACCGUCUGGUGGUGGUGUACACCUUCCUGGCCGUGCUUCUCUACCUCAGCGCCGCUGUCAUCUGGCCUGUCUUCUGUUUCGACCCCAAGUAUGGUGAGCCUGGGCGGCCCCCCGACUGCCCAAGAGGCAGCUGCUCCUGGGACAGCCAACUGGUCGUGGCCACCUUCACCUACGUCAACCUGCUCCUCUACAUUGCCGACCUCGCCUACUCCCAGAGGAUCCGCUUCGUGCCCACCCUGUAGCUCUGCAGGAAGCCGCUGCCCACCCGAGCUCUCCAGGGGCUGCGGCUCCGUGAGGGGACCCAGGCCCGUGACCUCCGAGCAAGCAUCGUUCACCCGGCCACGACCACCAGGGCCCACUGGGCUGUCACCCGCCCCGCUCCAGCCAGCCUCUCCCGCUCAAGAGCUCAGACGGGGCCACCCCAAAGCAACCUGCAGGAGGGCCCCUGAGAUGGCAGCAGCCUUGAGCCAGAAUAAACGCCAGUGUUGACUUGCA